ACACGGCUGCAGGUUAUCAGCAACAUUUCCGGUGAAUGCGCAAAACCGAGCUGUUGUGUUUAUCACUGAAAGAAACGCUGUUUAAGGACUGUUCCGUGUAGCAGUGGUGAAGAAUUAAACCACCUGCCGCUGACAAAACAAACAGGUUGUAGUCCGACCUGAGCAGCAGUGUGUGUGCGUGUGUGUGUGCGUGCGUGUGUGUGAAGUCAUGUUGGAGUACUACCAGAUAUUAGGAGUGUCGAAAGACGCGAGUCCAGAUGACAUUAAGAAAGCGUACAGAAAGCUUGCAUUGAAGUGGCAUCCAGAUAAAAACCCAGACAACAAGGACGAGGCAGAGAGGAAGUUUAAGGAGAUCUCUGAGGCAUAUGAAGUCCUGUCAGAUGCCAACAAGCGGAGUGUUUAUGAUCAGUACGGUAAAGAAGGCCUGUCAGCAGGCGGAGGAGCAGGACGCUACCAUAACGGCGACCCCUUCGAAAGUUUCACAUUCCGUAAUCCAGAAGACGUCUUCAGGGAUUUCUUCGGAGGUCGUGACCCUUUUGCUGAUUUCUUUGGAAACGAUCCGUUUAGAGAUGAUUUCUUCGGUGGUGGUCGACGGCAGCAUCAGCGCGGGAUGAGCAGGAGCCGAACAGGUGGCUCGUUCUUCUCUAGCGGGUUUGGAGGUUUCGGAGGGUUUGGCGGUUUUCCAUCUUUCGCGCCAACGUUUACUUCGUUUGAUACAGGUUUCAGCUCUUUUGGUCAGAUGGCACAGAUGGGUGGAGGCGGAUUCACGUCCUUCUCUUCCACCUCGUUUGGGGGUGGAGGGGGCAGCGGGAUGGGAAAUGUCCGCUCCGUGUCCACAUCCACCAAAAUCGUCAACGGCAGAAAAAUCACCACAAAAAGGAUCAUCGAGAACGGACAAGAACGAGUGGAAGUGGAGGAAGACGGACAGUUAAAGUCUCUAACUAUAAAUGGGCAGGCACUUGAGUUGGGUCUAGGGGAGGAGCGUAAACAGAACAGGUCACUUCCUGACACCUCCUCCACCUCCGCCCACUCUCCCUUCACCCAGAGAGUGCAACAACCAACCAAAGAGCAAAAUGGAAUAAAAAGGAAAAGACCAAUGAUGAAGGGUGAAACAAAAAAGUCCAAAGAGUCAUGAAAUGUUUCCAAAAUCAGUGAAGACACCUGUGUCAGGCGAGAGUGAGGGUGAGAGCGUGGAGUCGACGUCACGGCGGCAGGAUUCAAUGGUUUAUUAUUUUCAACUUUUUGAUCUAAAUCUUCAUAACAGAUUUUUUUGUGCUGUGAUGUUGUUCAGUCUACUUUACAGUAAAGGUGAAUAAUAAAUAAUUACCAAAAUAGAUAAUGUAGUGUGAAUUAGAGCCGAUUGUUUUGUGUUUUGGAUUGUUUUUGUUUUUAUUUGCUUGUUUGUUUUUUAAUGCUCAUUCCAUGCAUUACUGUAGUUAGUGUUUAUUUUUGCACCCUGCUGUGAUGUAUUCUAAUAAACUUUAGUUGGUUCUGUUUCCCAAAAUAUGAUACAACUAAUGAAUUCAUUUUAAACACAUGGA